AUGCUGUUAUUCGCCAUUCUUCUGUUGUCUGAAAAAGGUUACUGCGUGUUUCAGUUCAUCGACCAGGGUCUCAAUGAUCGCGAACUCCCAUUUCAAAUGAGAUCAAACAACGGGCUUUACGAGUUCUUGGACUCUUCUUCGCGAGAACUCAGAUGUUUCGAACAUUGGAAGCAAGCAUUUCGCAACCAAUUUGACACAUACCAAUGGCGAGUGUGCACUCCAUACUUUGAGCAAGGAGAUGGUGGCAAGAUUACGGUACAGCAUUUCAGCAGCAGGACGGUUUUGCCCUUCUUAGAAUCUGAGAGAAAUGAUCACGAAAUUGAGUAUCUCCAGGAAUUAGGCGGGUAUGGCGAGAUAUCCUAUGUCAAGAUACAUGAGUCAAGUCAUGACUUCAGCAAAUUGCAACAUAUCUCGGGACCUGAAGGGCCAUUUGCCCUCAAGAGGAUGUUAUGUUCUGGCAGGGAAAGACAGAACUUUGAGAAGGAACUUAAAAUGCUGGAGACAUUCAGUGGCCGUACACAUGCCCAUAUGGUAACCUUGCUGGCUGCCUACCAGCUGUCAAACGACUAUUACCUAUUAUUUCCCUGGGCAAAGGAAGACCUAUCCAGGUGGUGGCAGAGGAACAACCAUGAAAAAAGAAACUGGGCUUUCCACAAAUGGAUUUCAGAGCAGUGCCUCCGAUUAACCGAAGCUCUCGGAUUGAUCCAUUUCCCACCGGCACAGAACUCAUUGACGCCAACAGAAAGGCGAUAUGGACGACACGGCGAUAUCAAAGCUGAGAACAUACUCGUUUUCGAAACCAAGGAAGGAGAGGAAAUGUUUGUGAUUGCCGACUUUGGCUUGGCUGAACUCCACCGCAAGACUAGCCGAUCAAACCAAUCCCCAGCAUACCUUGCCAAGACCGAGGAAUGUCGGCCACCAGAAUGUGACCUCCAGAACGCAAACACCAUCUCAGCCGCGUUUGAUAUCUGGACUCUUGGGGUGGUCUUCCUGAACAUGAUUACUUGGCUAAUUGGAGGUGAGGAGUACAUAGGAAAAUUCGAACAAGCGCGGUAUAGUCUUGAAGGUCCGUUUGGGGUUCAAAAGUCAACGUACUUCACAAAAGUCCUCUCGGGCCCAAAAUAUGGUGCUUUCAUGGUCAAAGAGUCUGUUACAAAGGUGGUAUAA